CUUCCUCGUUUCCCCCCGGUCUAUAUUACCUCUAGGGGAACUGUGAACUACCCAAAACAUAGUCGUGCAGUCGAUAUGUCAGCCAGAUCUGGACUCCAGCUGAACCCAACUGUUGCCGACUGUGGCCUGGUGGCCGAACUUGCGCUGAACGUUUACCGGUCAAGCAAAUCGUCGGCGGAUGACUUCCAGUCAUUGUCCAACGACACAUCUAGUCUUUACAUGACCCUUCGAGAUAUUCGCGAGAACCUGACGCAGGAUGACUCCGGCCUGAGCCACACUGCCUCUGACUCGCUGAGGGAGAAGCUGAACACUGUCUACGGGGCUCUCAAGUGCGUUGAAGGGGAACUGCAGAAAUGGGACAGCCUGUCAUUUCGCUCCCGGCAACGGUGGGACCUUCUCAAAGAGGUGGCCAAUACUGGCGAGGCCCACACGCAGAUCAUUAGCACAACGACGGGGUUGCGAUCCCUUGAAAGGAAGAUGUCAAUGACUUCCAAUGCGGCUAUACGCAAAACGGUCCUCAAAUAUCUACGAGAAGUCCGUGAUGGCCUACACGAGGACUCUGUGAUGCGUCUAGUGCCAUCGGACGUCCCAUCAAAACAGCAGCAAUGGGAAGAUUUCAAGAAAGAGCUCCAAUGCGUGGGUAUCCCGCAUGCCGUCUUGAACGAACAUCUGGACUUCAUUUACGCGGUUGUCCGUCGCGCAAAGGAAACCGGUGAUUCUGACAUCGACUUACCCGAGGGGUCUGACGCGGAGCGACUCGAGUCAAUGAAGGAAAUUGAGGAAGACUUGGAGCAUAGGGCUACGGACUUGGAGAUAGACCUGGCGAAUAUGCGAAAGAGGGGCCAUCGCGUCAACAGCAAGAAGGCGUCACCGAUGGUCGUGCACACCCUUCGUCUCCUGGGCAUUGUCUCCGACGAACGCCUAAUUGUGGCUGCGGAUGAGGGGGACUUGGAAAGGGUCAAAACGCUCAUUCAUAGGCGCGCUAAUGUCAAUGCCUCCGAUAGAUGGCGAUGGACGGCGUUGCAUAUGGCAGCGUAUGGUGGAUACAAUGAGAUUGCCAAAGAGCUGAUUGCCGCUGGGGCUGACCUUACGGCCAUGACUGUGGAUGGGGAGACGCCACUCAAGUUGGCCGAAGCGAACAGACAUGUCGGCGUGGCUUAUAUUCAAAAUAGGGUCGAUGAGUUACAUGAACAGGCGGCAGGACACAAAGCUGCCUGAAUCUUGGGCUCUUUCGAGUUUAAGGCAAACUAGUUUCUAGGUACUACUGGAAAUGCACAUGCCUAUUUCAAGUUUGAUCCAUAAUAUUAGAGGGUCAUAGUAAAGGCUAGAAGGCUCCGGAGACAUGAAAACCAAGGAAUGGAGACGCACUCGUGUACAG